CAGAAAAUCUGGCCUACAUGAGAGCAGUUCGAAAAUUAUGCUCCGCAACUUCUGCUGGCUAGGCGCACUGCUGCUCUUUUUUCUGCAUGAAGCUAUGAGCACGGCGCAGGUCCUAGACUUUCGGGCUGUUAUUAGAGGAGGAGGGUCGGCGUCAGUGCGGCUGAGGGUGCGGGCGCGGCGGAUGUACGUGAUCAGGUGCUGCACGGGCCAAACCUGCGCCCCCAGGGGCACCGCCCGGCCUAAAAACAUCACCGAAAUCGAAUACGUAUACGAUGAGGACAACUCGACGACGACGGAAGGUGAGGAGACGACGGUGGGUGGAGACACGACCGCCGUCGAGGAGACAACGGCCUCGGAGGAAACGACCGCCUCGGCGGAAGAAACGACCGCCGCCGCCGAGGAGACGACGGCACCCGCUGAGGAGACGACGGUCGCCGAGGACAGCACCAGCGCCGCCCUCCGCCUCAUGCGCAAGCUGGCCGACCUGCCGACCACCACCAAACUGCCACCCCCGGCCUCUCAGACGACCUCCACGCCGCCCCCGACGGAAUCGAGCACGAGCACGACGACUACGGUGCCGCCGUCGACGACGACGGUGACGGUGAGGACGUCGACGCCGUGGGUGGCCCCGGUGCUGCCGCCGCCGCCCACGCAGAAGGUGGCGUCCAUCCAGGAGGCCUUGCAGUACAGUCCAGAGCCUCUUUUCGUUCCUUCCUGAGAGGAUUUUAUCUUUUAUUUGAACGAGUAUAAAAAAAUAAUUGUUUUGUUCCUUUAAAAAAAAUAAUAUAUUUAUUU